AUGUCAAAAGUAACAUUCCUAUGGAAAUUGUUGUAUUUGUGCGAAAAAUUGCAUUGCUACGCCACCGUGUUCGUGCUGACUCCGGGUUUCCUGAUCUUCGAGAUGGUUGUAGUGAGGCCAGAGUUGGCACAGAUCUACCAAGCUGGCGUCGCUAAGCAAAUCCUGCACAUAUUCCUUUCCAUGUUCUGCUUCGUAAACGUCGCCGGGAACAUGAUGCUGAGCAUCUUAUCGGAUUGUAAACUGAAAAUAGGACUACAGACUGCACAAGGAGGGGAGUUCUGUGAACUGUGCCAAAUUUAUAGACCACCGAAAGCUUGGCACUGCAGAGUGUGCAACGCCUGCAUAAUUAGAAGAGACCAUCACUGCUUCUUCUUCUCGCGCUGCAUCGGAUUGUAUAACAUGCGUUACUAUCUCCUGUACAUCGCGCACAUCCACAUCACUAUGGUCUACUCCUCCUACUACAACUAUUACUUCGUUUCGUCCAAGUUCAAGGGGCACGGUUUCGCUUUAUCAGCUUUCUGCGUCCUGAAUCCUCUGUUACGGUACGUUAUAACAGAAAAAUUGACUAUCAAUGACUUUUACGUGCUGAUGUUCCUUAUGAACAUUGGCCUUGUGUUCUGGUCGGGCUUCUUACUGUGGUUCCACGUGAAGAAUGCCUUGAGAGGAGUCACGGCGCGCGAUUAUAGAGAUCCAGCGACUCGCAGCUGGAGACAGAACUUCCUGAGUGUCUUCGGGUCAAAGUGGUACUUGGCAAUCGUCUGGCCAUUUGCUGACAGCCCUGCCAUCGAAGAAUCGAAGUUAGAAGGCAACGAUCAC